AUGCGGCAUGGCUCUUCUGAGGGCACAGGGGACGCUGCUGCUGCGGCAGCGGUAGCAGCAGGCUCAAGCCCUUCAGUAAACGCGGUGUCUUUGCUGCUGCAGGAGGCAGCAGCACAGGUUAGCAGCGAGAGAGAGAAGUCUGUGGAUCUCUGCAAGAGGGCGCUGGAGAUAGCGUCCGCUGCAGCGGCUGCCGGUGACUCCCGUUCAUCAGCAGGCGGGGAGACGAAUGGCAGUAAGGCAGGGGAGGAGCAUUCCCUGCCUUCCCGCGAGGAGGCCUUGCGUUUGUAUGAGCAGGGUCUGGCAUGGCUUGCGGGAGUGUAUGCGGAGGCAGGCGACACUGCUGGAGUGUGCGCGCUGCUGGAAUCUUCGCAUGAUUUGUUGCGACAGCUGCCCAAAGCUCGGACGGCCAAAUUGGCCGGAGUGCUGCACGCGCAUGACAGAGACUACAAGACGGCCUUUUCGUACUUCUUCGAGGCCUUUGAAGCCUUCAGCGCGCAGGAGGCAGCCCAGAACGCCUUGAGGAAGCACCAACAGAACAAGAUGGGGGAGAGGCCAAUCGCAGGCAGUAAGGCAUAUCCACCAGCUGGUUGGGAUGCGAUGGCCGUUGCCGACUUGCUGGCGUCUCCUGCGUGCGUGGAAGAGUGCUGUGGCGUGCUCCUGACUCUUGUUGGCGUUUCAGGAGAUGAUAGGGCGCUCGCCCUGCAGUCUCUGAAGUACAUGUUGUUGGCGAAGAUCCUAAUGGGCCGACCUCAGGACGUGCCCGUUAUUCUCUCUGGCAAGCAAGGGCUCCGCUACUACCACCAACCCGGACUGCCCUCCGCCUCGGCUGCUCACGUGGACGCCUCCGUCGUGGCUUCGACAGAAGUGUCUGCGGACGUGCAGGGGCUUGAGGCGCUGCGGCUCCUGUCCAUUUGCAGGAAGGAGAGCUCCUUGAAGAUGUUUGGCGCUCUGCUAGAGUCGCACGGGAAGGAGCUGGAAGGUGACCCUGUGCUGCAGCAGCACAUUGAAGAGCUGUACGAGACCUUGCUGGAGAAGGACCUUAGCAAGACCCUGCAGGCUUUCUCCCGAGUAGAGCUCUCCCAUGUGGCACGGCUGAUAGGGCUGCCCGAGCAGAAGGUCGAAGAGAAGCUGUGCGAGAUGAUGCUGGAUGGCAAGCUGCAUGGCACCCUGGAUCAAGGAGUUGGGGUCUUGGUUCUCUUUGACACGCAGCAGACUCCCAAACUCUACACGGAUGUGUUGGGAACUGUGGCCAAUAUGGCAGCGGUGGUAGACGCGCUAUAUGACAAGGCUCAACAGACGCUCUAG